UGUCGUUCGUUCCGUGUUCCGUGAGCUCAAAGCGUUAAUCCGUUAAUAAAUACAUAAACUCAAGAUUGGACCUGAAACAGUUACGUGGAAAAUAGAUUUUCAAAAUUGUGUGGUGCAUCAAUUGCGGAAGUAUCAACUCUUUUUGUGAGGUGUGCAGCAGCAGUUUUCAAUAAAACUUCUUCUGUGAGCGGUGUGUGCGUGAGCGAAAAUAAGCUGGAAACUAUCGGGUGUUAGAGUGUGCGUGUGGCGAAAACGUAUCGAAAAACGACGACAGAAACGAGCUAAGAAGUGCUAUAUUUUUGUUUUCGUUCGUCCUUUCGUCUUCGAGACCGGAUCCUUGUUUAUCCUUUUCACACUCGUCAGCAGCGCUCGAAAAUCUGCUCCGAGCACGCGUUCUGGCGAUUACAUCACACGGCGGUGGCCUCACGGCUGGCGUACGAAAGCGAUCGCAGUACCUCCGCCGGAAGGCGGGAGGCUUUGGAAAGUUGCUACAAAUCGCACAUAGUUGUUGUGAAGGGAACUAGGAUCGCACAAAUGGUUGCAUUAAUUUCGUCACGAGAAUAAAGCUAGUGAGAACGAGUAGGAAACUGACGAACAGAGAAACGCACUGAAACGGAGUACGUGAAAGUGUAAAGUUUUAUAGUUUAACCACACGAAAAUAGGGAAACCAUCGUUCAAAGGAACUUUUGCAGAAGAUUAGAGGAACAUAAUUUUUUUCUAAACAUCAAGCCGCUGAUAAAUUAUGUCACAGCGUGAUCGCGAUUUCAUUCACCUAUUCGCUGGAGGUAUCGCUGGUACUGCUGGCGCCGUAGUGACAUGUCCGUUGGAGGUGGUCAAAACCCGUCUGCAAAGCUCAUCGUCAUCGUUCAUCAUCAAUGCGUCGAGCGUCGCUAGACAUGCGCUCGUUGCCGAUGGGGGAAAAGUGACCGAUCACCAUAUGCGCCACUUGACCGCUUCGAACAACGCAUCCGAGCGGCACCAAAACGCGGCGCGCAUUCAGCGAGUAUGCGCUAGCUCCAUUUUGACCCGUCGGCGUCCUUCGAUCCUCGCCAUUCCGCAGUGCGGUUUGUCCACCUCGGUACAGUCCAUCAGCAUCUGGCAAUGCCUGAAGCACAUUGUGCAAACCGAGGGCUCACGCGCCCUGUUCAAGGGUCUUGGGCCGAACAUUGUCGGUGUGGCACCGUCCCGUGCCAUCUACUUCUGCGCGUACUCCAAGACGAAGAAUGCACUGAAUACCGUUGGCAUUAUUCCGGCCAACUCACCAUUGGUGCACAUCCUGAGCGCAACCUGCGCCGGGUUCGCUUCGUCGACCGCCACCAAUCCGAUAUGGUUCAUCAAGACGCGCAUGCAGCUCGACAGCAGCAACGCCUCGAACGGGCUGCGUACAUCCGUGGGACAGUGCGUGAAGCAAAUUUACGAGUCACAGGGUGUCCGCGGGUUCUACAAGGGCAUCACGGCCAGCUACGUCGGCAUCUCGGAGACGGUGAUCCACUUUGUCAUCUACGAGGCUCUGAAGAAGAAACUGCUGGAGCUACGAGAAUCGUCCCCCGCUCGGUACGGGGAUGGUCCCGAAGGUGGCAAAACGUCGCGUGAUUUCCUCGAGUUUAUGCUGGCCGGCGCAACGUCCAAGACGAUCGCGUCGAUCGUGGCAUAUCCGCACGAAGUGGCCAGAACGCGGCUGCGGGAAGAGGGCAACAAGUACCGCAACUUCUGGCAGACGCUUCUGACCGUGUGGAAGGAGGAAGGCAAAGCCGGCCUUUACCGCGGACUUGGAACGCAGCUGGUACGACAGAUUCCCAACACGGCCAUCAUGAUGGCCACGUACGAGGCCGUCGUGUACGUCCUCACGAACCCGGCCAGCGCCACCCUGCUGCCGGCCGGUGCGGCCAACUGAGAUCCGGCCGACGGUCAGCCUCUGGUGGCGGGGUUGCUUCCGCCGGUGGAGCAGGACUUCCUAACGAUGGAGGAAGACGGACUGCCGCCGCCAUCGCUGGUCAUGCUUUCAACGGCGCUCACUGCACUCGGUCUCGUCGGUGGGUCUUCCGAGUCCGCGAUUGCAGUUGAGUCGCCUUCGUCGACGGCGUCGUUGGCCAACGGUGCUGGCGAAUCCGGCCAAACCGUCGUCGAGCUGCUGGAGGCUGCGGACUCUGCAUGGAUGGUGCAUUGUAUUUGUGAUUUCUUCGUAGAUCUGUAAGGUCUAGGGAAGGGAUGAUAUUACUGUGGUUUUUCGAUAGGAUUAACGGGGGGAGGAGGGCGUAGGAGUAACGGAAGCUAACGUUCACAUGUUAGGACAACGACGAGUAUUUAUGCAAUUAGCUAGCGGGGGGAAGACUAGUUUUACGACACGGGGAGGACAGCAUUACGGCGAACGAAACCAAAAUUAACAAAAAAGCGAGAGAAAAAAGGGACAAAAAGAAAGGAAAAGAAAGAGAGAGAGAGAGAGAAAAACAGAGCGAAGUGUUGGCGGGGAGCGAUUAAGGUCCUCCUCCGCACACGCUCGUUUGAAUAGAGAGACUGAUUGUUCAUAUACACAAGCAAGCGCACACAAACGCUUUAUUCUGAUGGCACACGGAAUCGAAAUUGAUGAUUGGUUUUAUGUUUAUUGUUGUUAUUUCUGUAUCUUUCGUUCGCCAGCUUGCAAGAGUGUGGUCCGAUGGCUGCGUAGAGAGUGGAUAACGAUUUAUGUUUUCAAUUCCUUCACUUUCAUUUCGGUUAGUAGUCGGACACGUUAAGGGCUUAGUAGUAGUUAUUAUCAUUUGGUCGUGGCCUGAACAAGGACAACUAUUUUCCAUUGUUUCUCCACACUUUCCACUAGCGAACGCGCCUGCGAAAUGUUGUAGAAAUGAUGGAAAAUUUGAUUUAUUGGUUCGAGAGGCGAGAGUUCUUAGAAAAUUAUAUUAAUUUUUGUUAGAAACUCACAACCGCUUCUCAGGCGAGAGACUCUAAGUGUAAGUGGAAGGGCCAACGCUCCCGCAGAGCAGUGUACCAUAGCGUAGCGCGUAGAUGUAGCGAGGAAGCAGAAGAGCUUAUUCCUUUUCGACUGGUUAGCUCCUAACCUGCUGUUUGCGAGUGAAGGUCGGGCCCAGCCGAAGCGGCGACGGUUGGUUUGUGGUUUGAGUUGAUUUCAUUGACGAAAACCGGGGAAGCCAAUAGUAUGUUCGGAAACCGAACGCACGAGCAUAGAGUUCGAAGAAGCGAAAGUUACGUCAAGAAAGCAAACUUACGUCUAAUGCCAAUUACAAUAAUUGGAGAAAAAAGGAUAUACUGCUACUCGGAAGUGUUACUAUUUUUAAUUCGUCACGAUAAUGCUUAGUUCAGAAGUAUGAUGGUCGCAGCAAAAAUGGGCCAAUGAAUGCAAUACAUAUAUCUCCUCUGGCAAGAUAGAUGCAAACAACAGAUCUUAAGUAGAAAUUAACCAAUCUCGCUCAGCCCAUGUUGAUUGCUUAUCCCCUUUUGAAUUGCCCAUUAAUUGAUUGCUUUAGGCGAACGGAAUGAGUCGUCCUUCGCAGAAGAGGCCAUAGAAAAUCGGCCGAGCACCGAGUUGUAAAAAUACCUAGUGAAUCACAGGCCGAGGCCGAGAUGAUGUUCCAUCCAAACAGCGACACAAGUGCAGCCUUUAUAUCAAUCGGCACAUCAGAAGUCACAAACAACACGCAGUCGGAUGCGCACUUGUUGUGCCCUGGCUGACCUUUGAAUUGUGAAAAAGAGAGGCAUAAUUGGCGUUUAAAAAUACCAUCCGCCCAGCAACACGGAUCGAAACAGCGCCAUAAUGGCAUCGUUUUGAAAUUGUUCUUCGGUGGCAAUGCGCGCGAUGAUCGAUCGCACACUAGUUAUGACGCCCCUGGGCUCUGCUGACCAUUCUUCCGACACUGUUUACAAGAAAACGUACCGUCAGUAAACAUGAAUAAUAUCCAAAAAUAAGAAAAUGUUGUGCCAAAACAGCGUGUUGAUCAGGGUGCGAUCGUUGUUGCUUAGGGCCAAUUUGACCUACCCCAAGAGUUAUGUGUUGAUGCGUCGUGACUAUAUUUUCACAAUUUACCACGGCCGGACGAGCAAGGGUGCAUUGCCACUAAUUAGUCGUUGGCAUAUGGCCACGUCUGAAGGGGUGAUGAUGUAACAUGGUGAAGGGUGGUCGGUGACAUAUGGGACACGCUGCAUCAGGCACCAGAGACAAGAUGGGAAGCACACUUGAAAGUACAAGAUUGACGAGAGCCAUACAAAUUUUUUGCCCCAUUGUGUAGAAACUAGGAAUGCAAUGGCUAAACAGUAAAAUAGUCGCCACCCUAGGACCCAAUGGAGUAGCUCUGCUUUAUCUUAUCUGCUGUUCCUAAGAGAACCGGGGGAAGCAGUAAAUAGUACACAAAGCGUAGCGCAACAUUAGAGUAUAUUACAAUUGGCUCUGAUGUUUGGUAAGUUCAAAGUUAACCUGUUUUUAAGCAUUGAUUCGUAGUCUCACAGUCAGUAUAGGCCGAGUUAGAGGUUACCUGCAAAUGCAACGAAACAACGAAACAUGAUCGUCAUGUCGUCAUUGCGACAUGUGCACAUCUUGCUUCUUGUGGUGGGUGCUUCGAAGGUCGAGUCAUGUGGCACAAACCAAAUAGCCAAGCGCUGCAGAUUAGGUGGUACUCUACCCCGGUGGUAUGAUGAAAUAGUUGCUUUACAAAAGAUAGCCUUCGAUCGGGUAUCGGUUAAAUUUACUACAAUAUAUAUAUAUAUAUCUACACUAUACACCCUGAAGUUGCGCAUAACAUUUACAAAACACUAGAGCAGUAAGACAAGUUUGAAACAAAUCCAAGAAAUGAAACGUAAAAACAGGGGUUGAAUUGAUGGAAUUACGAAGGGAGAAAGUUAUCAGGAUUAUAAUGUUAUUUUGUUUUUUUAAACGCUUUUUUCAUGAACAUGAAAACCGUAUACAUAUGAAUAAAGUUAUUCAAA